CGGUCGGUAGGGGGGACGUGUCCCUGGCGCGCGGCGGGAGCAGGCGCCAUGGCGGAGGCGCAGAACGGCAGCGCCGGGCCUCAGGCCGUGCCCGCCGCCGGCGCCCGGCCUCCCGCCACUCCCGAGGGCAUCGCCCUGGCUUACGGCAGCCUCGUCCUCAUGGCGCUGCUGCCCAUCUUCUUCGGGGCUCUGCGCUCCGUCAGCUGCGCCAAGAGCAAGAACUCCUCAGAGAUGCCAGAGACCAUUACCAGCCGAGAUGCUGCUCGUUUUCCCAUUGUUGCCAGUUGCACCCUUCUGGGCCUCUACCUCUUCUUUAAAAUAUUCUCUCAAGAGUACAUCAAUCUUCUGCUUUCUAUGUAUUUCUUUGUGCUGGGGAUCCUCGCCCUAUCCCACACCAUCAGCCCCAUGAUGAACAGAUUCUUCCCUGCAAAUUUCCCCAACAAACAGUACCAGCUCCUCUUCACCCAGGGCUCCGGGGAGAGCAAGGAAGAAAUAGUGAAUUACGAGUUUGACACCAAGGAUCUCGUGUGCCUGGCCCUGAGCAGUGUUGUUGGGGUCUGGUACCUGCUGAGGAAGCACUGGAUUGCCAACAAUCUCUUCGGGCUGGCGUUUUCCCUCAAUGGAGUGGAGCUGCUGCACUUGAACAACGUCAGCACUGGCUGCAUCUUGCUUGGGGGCCUCUUCAUCUACGACGUCUUCUGGGUUUUCGGUACCAACGUGAUGGUGACAGUUGCCAAAUCGUUUGAGGCCCCAAUAAAACUGGUUUUCCCUCAGGACCUGCUGGAGAAGGGCCUGGAGGCUGACAACUUUGCCAUGCUGGGGCUUGGAGACAUUGUCAUUCCAGGGAUCUUCAUCGCCUUGCUGCUGCGCUUUGACAUCAGCUUAAAGAAGAACACGCACACGUAUUUCUACACCAGCUUUGUGGCCUACAUUUUUGGGCUGGGCCUGACCAUAUUCAUCAUGCACAUCUUCAAGCAUGCCCAGCCUGCUCUUCUGUACCUGGUCCCUGCGUGCAUUGGAUUCCCGCUUCUCGUGGCCUUGGCAAAAGGAGAAGUAACCGAAAUGUUCAGGUUCCAGCUGUCCGGUUUCAUGCAUGCCUUCAGGAGCUGCUUCUUCCCUGAGUCUCAGCCCUCACAGCAUGGCCCUGGGCCAGCCUGGAGCUAUGAGUCCUCUGCUGAAAUCUUGCCGCACACACCAAGACUUACCCACUUCCCCACCGUGUCCGGCUCGCCAGCCAGCCUUGCUGAUUCCAUGCAGCAGAAACAGCCCUGUCCCCGCCGACGCCGGCAGCAAAGCCCCAGUGCCAUGUAGCAAUUGCACGCGGUGCCCUUUCUUUGUCGCUCUGGCCAGCUAUGAGGAGAGCUCUACCCCCAAGGAGGUGCUGAGGGCCUCCAAAGAGGAGACGAUAGAAGGUGACAAGAAAGAGAAGUGACCUUGCCCAUGGACCAACCCUGGCGCCGCUGGGCUGAGGCCCUUCCAGACCCUUUGCAAGUGACAGACGAAACAGUUGUGCCAGAGCAUCGUGUUGUGUGUGUUGGAGCAGCCGCCCAGGUGGGGAUUGAUGUACACCACAUAUCCACCCCUCCUGCUGCCCCCCGGGGCCGUGCAGCCACACUCUCCUUUGCUUUGUCUCCUACGUGAGUGCAAAGCAGGCAGGGGACAAACCACAGGCCGGUUUUUAAAUUUUGUAUUGUGCAUUUGCUUUCUCUCAUAUUAAACCAUCUCAAAGGAA